AUGGUUUACUUAAUCCCUGAGGAGCUUUUUAAGAUGGAGCUGGAGGAGGGUGUAGAGCGUGUGCAGAGGGCGCUGCAGGUGUUUCGGGCAUUUAAACACACUUUCCAGCAGUACAGAGACAGGCUGGGUCCGGGGGGACAUUACGGUCAGCUGGGACGCUCUGUCAAAUCAUGGGACUUUCCCUCGCAGAUCAUCUUUCAGCACACUGACCGCAUCACCGAGAGGCUGCUCAUGAUUGAGGAGCUGUUUGCAUCAGCGCUGGACUUCCUGAAGCUGGAACGUGUGGAGUUGGGCGGCUCCAGAGGAAAGAUUCUCAGUGAGAUGGUGUACAGGAUGAAUGACGAGUUUCAUGACGGCUGGAGGAUCCUUAGGGAGAGCAAAUACGAUCCUCUGGACUACACUAAAGAGGAGUUUGUGCGAGAUCACAACCGAAUGGUGGAACAGAAUCAGGACUUCGACCAGCGACUGGGCACGGUGUUGAGUCUGGCUUUUCAACACUCCUCCAGCCUGGAAUCAGCCUUCAAGCUGUUGCAGAUCUUUGGCACGUUGUUGGAGAGGCCGAGGGUUCACCAGCUGUUUGCUCCGAACUAUUCCCUCCUUCUGGCCAUGUUUCACGAGGAGGUCAACGUCUGCCAGCAUAUCCUAGACACACAUAGAGAAAGGUUACAGAAUGGUUGCCCAGUUGUUGGUAAAAACUUGCCGCCUGUAGCUGGAAACCUGAAGUGGUCACAAGAGCUCAGAGAGAGAAUCCUGAGCAGCCGCAGCAGCCUUAACCUCCUCACACACAUGCCGUUAGACAGUCCCGAGGCAGACCAGGUGUUGAAAACAUGUGAGAGUGUCUUAGAAGAACUCGAUCAGCUGGAUGAACAGGUGUACGCGACCUGGUGUGUGGGAUUGGAUGCGCUGUGUCACACACACUUGGACGAGCCGCUGCUCUGUCUGGAUGAAGAGAGCGGGCUGUACCAUGUCAACUUUAACCCCGCAUUGACUUCGGUGUUGAGGGAGGUGAAGUAUCUUGGGCUGCUGAGGAGCCAUAACAUACCCAAGGCUGCACUGCAUCUCUACUCAAAGGAAGAAACACUCUAUGUGUACACUACCACGCUCUCUCAGGUCACUCAGUGGUACAAUAAGCUCCACAGCACUAUACUGGAUGUCGAGCUGCGAUUGGUCAAAGCAGAAAUGGAGGAAGUGAGACGUGCUCUAAGACCCGCUCUCAAGGACCUGACAUGGAGUCAGGAGGAGCUCUGGGAUUACAUCAAGAGGACACGUGAUCUGGUGCACGGCGUAUCUGAGCGGGUCCAGAAAAGUCAGUCGAACCUCGACACUGUGCAGGGCCUGAUGGGAGUUUUCAGCCAGUCGGCUUGUAUUACACGCAGAAGCAGCCUCCUUGGGGACCUGCUCCACAUGGUCGAUGUCGAGGAAAAGGUUAAACAGCAGUACAGACUCGUCUCCGAGACAGGACAGAGAAUACACACACUCGUACAGGAAAACAGCGUUCUCCUGGGCGCAGAUGUCGACUCAGAGUCUUGGGAGGCAUACACGCAGCAUGUGGACCGCAUGGUUCUGGGCGGAUUCUGCAGCGCCGUGCGCUGCUCUCUACAAUACCUGGUCGAUAACACCGACCCGGCUCUGCGCACAGCACCGUUGUUUGAGGUACAGUUAACCCUCACCACGGAUAUGACCUUUCACCCCUCGCUCGACCUCUCCAAAGCAGGCAACUUCUAUCACAUCGUUGACAAGAUGGUGGCUGAUAUCUUUAAAAUGGCGACCUACAUGAACAGAGUCGCCAUGGAUAAAAAAACUGAAACUUACCAGGUGGAUAUCGCUCAGGUGCCAGAGUUGUGCGACUUGGCUCAGCUGAUUCGCACUCGUGCCAGGGCAACCAUUUUCAAGGUGAAAGAGUUUCAGAGAUCGUUCAGAUCUUAUCGAUACCUGUGGAUGGGAGACAGGACAGAGUUUAUGAGACAGUUCCUUCUCUAUGGCCACGCCCUUUCAGCAGAGGAAGCGGAGCUCUAUGCUGAGUACGAGCUCACCAAGAAUCCGCCCAAACUUGACAACUUCAAACAGCAAAUUAGCGAGUUCGAGAGUUUGUACGAUGCCGUGCAGGCGCUGGAGGAGAAGAGGGUGUUCUGUGGUUGGUGUCAGGUCGACAUCAAACCAUUUAAAAUCUCCCUUAUGAACACCAUCAAAAAAUGGAGCUGGAUGUUCAAAGAGCAUCUGCUCAACCACGUCAACGACAGCGUGUUAGAGUUGUCGAGCUUCAUCGAGAACGCAGAGUGUGGUUUAGGAAAGAGCGUGAAGGAUGGAGACUACACUGAUCUGGUGGAUAUCAUGGGCCACCUGAUGGCAAUCAGAGACAGACAGCAGAACACCGAGCAGCAGUUCAAACCUCUCAAAUCUACCUUAGAUCUGCUGAAGACCUACAGCCAACAACUGCCGGAGCACAUCUAUACCCUGCUGGAGGAACUUCCUGAAAAAUGGAAGAAUUUGAAGAAGGUCGCCUUCACCGUAAAACAUGAGGUCGCUCCUUUGCAGUCCAACGAGGUCGCCGGCAUCCGGAGGAAAUGUGUCCGUUUCGAGACCAAUCGUGCCGUUGCUCAGCUGGAGAAGGAGAUGCGCAUGCUGCAAGAAACAGCCAAGCUGUUUGAGGUCAGCUUCCCGGACUACAAGCAGCUCCGGCAGUGCCGCACUGACAUCAUCCUCCUUAAAGCAGUGUGGGAUAUGGUUAUCUUCGUCAAGUGCAGUAUCCUUGACUGGAGAAAGACACCAUGGAAAGAAAUCAAUGUGGAGCAGAUGGACAUGGAGCUCAGGAGGUUUGCUAAGGAGAUGAAGACCCUGGAUAAGGAGGUGCGUGUGUGGGACGUCUAUGCCGGUCUAGAGUCUACUGUUAAAAACCUGCUGACGUCACUGAGGGCUGUUAAUGAACUGCAGAACUCGGCGGUCCGAGAGCGCCACUGGCAGCAACUCAUGCACACAACCAGGGUGAGCUUCAUGAUGGACGAGAACACCACUCUGGGGGAUCUGCUGGAGCUCCAGCUGCACCGCGUGGAAGACGAAGUGAAGAACAUUGUGGACAAAGCGGUCAAAGAGAUGGCGAUCGAAAAGGUUUUAGCUGAGAUCAAGCAGACGUGGUCUGUGAUGUCUCUCUCGUAUGAGACGCACUCCAGCACGCGAACGCCCCUCCUGAAAGCCGACGAGAAUCUGAUCGAGACCCUGGAGGAUAAUCAGGUCCAGCUGCAAAAUAUCCUGAUGAGCAAGCACGUGGAGUACUUUCUGGUCGAGGUGAGUGGCUGGCAGCGGCGGCUGAUGUUGGCGGACCUCGUGAUUGGCACCUGGCUGGGAGUGCAGCGCACCUGGGCUCACCUGCAGAGCAUCUUCACCAACUCCGAGGACAUCCGUAACCAGCUGGCGCACGAUGCCGAGCUCUUUCAAGGCAUCCAUCUCAACUUCCAGGAGUUGAUGAUGAUGGUUGUGAAAACUGCAAAUGUGAUUGACGUCACCAACCAGCCAGGCUACCUGGAGAAACUUGAGGCUCUGCAGCAAAGGUUGUCUGUAUGUGAAAAAUCUCUAGCCGAGUAUUUGGAAACGAAGCGACUGACGUUUCCGCGAUUCUACUUCGUCUCGGCCGCUGAUCUUUUGGAGAUCGUUUCCAAGGGAACGCAGCCCAGACAGGUCACACGGCACCUGCUGAAGCUCUUCGAUAACUUGGCCGAUCUGAAGUUCAAAGAUGAUGGAGAAGAGGAGGGGAGGGUGGAGGUUGCGGUGGGGAUGUACAGCAGAGAGGGGGAGUAUGUGCCGUUUUCCGAGGCCUGUGUGUGUGAGGAACAGGCAGAGUGUUGGCUGGGUGCAUUGGAGCUCGCCAUGCGCUCCACGGUAAGGCAGGAGAUCUCCGAAGCCGUAGCGGCGUAUGAGGACAAAUCACGUGAUCAGUGGCUCUUUGACUAUCCUGCACAGGUGGCACUGACGGGGAGUCAGAUUUGGUGGGCGAUGGAUGUCGGUAUUGCAUUUGAAAGGUUGGAGGAGGGCUUCGAGACAGCGCUGAAAGAUUAUAAUAAAAAACAGAUCCUGCAGCUGAACUCGCUGAUAAACAUGCUGCUGGGCGAGCUGAGACCUGGUGAUCGGCAGAAGAUCAUGACGCUUUGUACCAUUGAUGUUCAUGCUCGGGACGUGGUGGCCAAGCUCAUCUCUCAGAGGGUACCGAAUGGACAGGCGUUUGCCUGGUUGUCUCAGUUGCGCCAUCGCUGGGAUGAAGAACAAAACCACUGCUAUGUCAACAUCUGCGAUGCCCAGUUUCAGUUCUCCUACGAAUACCUGGGGAACACCAAUCGCCUGGUUAUUACACCACUCACAGAUCGAUGUUACAUUACACUGACUCAGUCGCUCCAUCUGACGAUGAGCGGCGCCCCCUCUGGUCCUGCUGGCACGGGCAAGACAGAAACUACUAAGGACCUGGGGCGCUCGCUCGGCAUUAUGGUCUACGUCUUCAACUGCUCAGAACAGAUGGACUAUAAGUCCAUAGGUAACAUCUAUAAGGGUCUGGCUCAGACCGGUGUUUGGGGAUGCUUUGACGAGUUUAAUAGGAUCUCUGUGGACGUUUUGUCUGUGGUCGCAGUGCAGGUUAAAACAAUCCAGGAUGCCGUCCGGAACAAGAAGCAGAGAUUUUACUUUCUUGGAGAGGAGAUUGAGCUGAGGCCGACUGUCGGGAUCUUCAUCACCCUCAAUCCAGGAUAUGCUGGUAGAGCAGAACUGCCGGAGAACCUAAAAGCGCUCUUCAGGCCGUGCGCUAUGGUGAUUCCUGAUUUUGAGUUGAUCUGUGAGAUCAUGCUUGUGGCAGAGGGAUUUAUAGACGCUCGCCUGCUCGCCCGCAAGUUCAUCAGCCUGUACACACUCUGCAAAGAACUUCUCUCCAAACAGGAUCACUACGACUGGGGUUUACGGGCCAUCAAAUCAGUGCUGGUUGUCGCCGGAUCGCUGAAACGACAAGACAAGAGCUGCCCUGAAGACCAGGUGUUGAUGCGCGCCUUACGAGAUUUCAACCUGCCGAAGAUUGUGACGAGUGACGUACCGAUAUUCCUGGGUCUGAUUAGUGAUUUAUUUCCCUUGUUGGACAUCCCGCGUAAGAGAGACCUGCAGCUGGAGCAGCACGUCCGCCAGGCGAUCAGCGAGCUGCGUCUGCAGCCUGAGGAGAACUUUGUCCUCAAGGUGACUCAGCUAGAGGAGCUGCUCACCGUCAGACACUCUGUCUUUGUAGUCGGUGGAGCUGGAACAGGAAAGAGUCAGAUUUUGAAGACGCUCCAUAGAACCUACUCGAACAUGAAGCUGAAGGCUGUGUGGAGCGACAUGAACCCGAAAGCCGUGACCACCGACGAGCUUUUCGGCUUCCUGCAUCCUGCAACACGCGAGUGGAAAGAUGGUAAGAGUGUGAGCGCUGUGUUCUGUGUGUAUGGAAAGUGUGUGUGUAUCAUGCGUCCGCUUUAAAUGUACGUUUUAGGUCUGUUCUCGUCCACCAUGAGAGAGUUGUCUGCUUUAUCCCAUGAUGGACCGAAGUGGGUCGUGCUGGACGGUGACAUCGAUCCCAUGUGGAUAGAAUCGCUCAACACCGUUAUGGAUGAUAAUAAGGUGCUGACUCUGGCUAGUAAUGAACGCAUCUCUUUAACAUCCUCUAUGCGUCUGCUGUUUGAAAUCAGUCAUCUCAAGGCUGCCACUCCUGCAACUGUGUCCCGAGCAGGCAUCCUUUACGUCAACCCACAGGACCUCGGCUGGAGCUCCUAUGUGACGAGUUGGAUUGACACACGCCACGCCCAAUCAGAGCGAGCCAAUCUGACCAUUCUGUUUGAUAAGUAUGUGCCGUACUGUUUAGAGCAGGUCAGGUGCAACCUGAAGACCAUCACACCUAUACCCGAGACAAGCAUGGUGCAGACUCUGUGUUGCCUACUGGACUGCUUGUUAACAGAUGAGAACACUCCUGCUGACUCUCCUCGUGAGCUCUAUGAGAUCUACUUUGUGUUCGCCUGUGUGUGGGCUUUUGGAGGGGCUCUCUUUCAGGACCAUCUUAGAGAUUAUCGCGGCGAGUUCAGUCGCUGGUGGAAUAAGGAGAUGCGGGCGGUGAAGUUCCCCUCUCAGGGAACUGUGUUUGAUUACUACAUCGACCCAGACACAAAGAAAUUCACGCCGUGGCGUGAGCGCACUCCUCCGUACGAGCUGGAGCCUGAUGUCCCGCUGCAGAUGGUGCUGGUUCACUCAGCAGAGACCACCUGCCUGGCGUAUUUUGUGGAGCUCCUGUUGGAAAAAGGCAAGCCGGUGAUGCUGGUGGGGAACGCCGGCGUGGGGAAGACCAUCCUCGUAUGGGACACCAUCUCCAAGCACAGGGAGGAGUACAUGGUGGCCAAAGUACCCUUUAAUUACUACACCACGUCGGCCAUGCUGCAACGUGUUCUGGAAAAGCCUCUAGAAAAGAGAGCCGGAAGGAACUUUGCUCCUCCUGGCACCAAGAAGCUGAUCUACUUUGUUGAUGAUUUAAACAUGCCGGAGGUGGAUGCCUAUGGAACAGUCCAGCCUCACACACUCAUCAGGCAGCAUCUGGAUUACUCUCAUUGGUAUGAUCGCCAGAGACUGGUACUUAAGGAGAUUCACAACUGUCAGUACAUCACCUGCAUGAAUCCAACAGCUGGAAGUUUCUCCGUCAACCCUCGGCUACAGAGGCAUUUUUCUGUUUUUGCUGUGCAUUUCCCAAGCGCAGAGGCACUGAGUACAAUCUACAGCAGCAUACUGACCUCUCACUUCCAGCUGGGGGGCUUCAGCUACGGAGUGAGCCGCUCGGUGGCCGCGCUCGUCCAGGCCUCCAUCUGCCUCCACCAAAAAAUGACACAAAACUUCUUGCCUACUGCCAUCCGCUUCCACUACAUCUUCAACCUUAGGGACAUCUCCAAUAUCUUCCAGGGGAUUCUUUUUGCCCAGCCUGAGACAGUGCGAUACCCCAUCGAGCUGGUGUACCUCUGGCUGCAUGAGUGUUCCCGUGUCUACUCCGAUAAACUGAUGGAGGAGAAGGAUGUCGAGCUCUUCAGUAAGAUCCUGCUCGAUACUGGCAAAAGAUACUUUGAGGGAAUAGAUGAGUCUAUCUUCAUCCACCAGCCCCUGAUCUAUUCGCACUUCGCCCACGGGGUUGGAGAGCCUCGAUACUCGCAGGUCAGUGACUGGGAGAAGCUGCAGAAAAUGCUGAGUGAUGCGCUGGAGCACUACAAUGAGCUGCACGCCAACAUGAACCUGGUGCUGUUCGAGGAGGCCAUGCAGCACAUAUGUAGAAUCAGCCGUAUUCUGGAGGCCCCAGUGGGAAAUGCACUGCUUAUUGGAGUGGGUGGCAGUGGGAAGCAGAGUUUGUGCCGCCUGGCCGCCUUCCUCAGCAUGCUUGAGGUCUUUCAAAUCACUCUGCGCAAAGGCUACGGCAUUGGGGAUUUGAGGAGCGACAUAGCUGCCCUAUACAUUAAGGUUGGGGUGAAGAACAUCGGCACAGUUUUCCUGCAUACAGACGCUCAGAUUCCAGACGAACGUUUCCUAGUGCUGAUCAACGACAUGCUCGCAUCCGGGGACAUCCCAGACCUGUUUACUGAGGAGGAGGUGGACACAAUUGUGGCGUCUAUCCGUCUGGAACUCCGAGGGCUCGGCAUGCUGGACACGCGAGAGAACUGCUGGAACUUUUUUAUCGAUCGUAUACGCAGACAGCUGAAGGUGGUCCUGUGUUUCUCACCGGUGGGUUUCACUUUGCGCACAAGGGCGCGAAAGUUUCCCGCUUUGGUCAACUGCACAGCCAUUGACUGGUUUCAUCCUUGGCCCCAGCAUGCACUGCAAUCCGUCAGCAGAACCUUCAUUAGCAACAUCCAGGGCCUUGAGCCUGCAGUGAAGGUGUCGAUCAGCGAGUUCAUCUCGUACACACACACCAGCGUUAACGAGGUGAGUGUGAAAUACCAGCAGAACGAGAAACGCUACAACUACACCACACCGAAGAGCUUCCUGGAGUUCAUGAAGCUAUACGGCAACCUGCUGGCGAAAAAAAGGAAGGAGCUGACUCAGAAGAUGGAGCGGCUGGAGAACGGUCUGCAGAAACUUUUAUCCACGGCCUCCCAGGUGGAGGAUCUGAAAGCUAAGCUAGCGCUACAGGAAGUGGAGCUACAUCACAGGAACAGCGACACAGAGGCCCUGAUUGCUAAAAUAGGCCAGCAGACAGACAAGCUGAACCAGGAGAAGAGUGUUGCUGAUGCAGAGGAGCAGAGGGUAGCGGCGAUCCAGGCUGAGGUGACGAAGCAGCAGAAGGAGACUGAAGAGGACCUGGCCAAAGCCGAACCAGCCUUACAGGCAGCCAACGCUGCUCUCAACACACUCAAUAGGCUUAAUCUCACAGAGUUACGGACGUUCCCAAAUCCACCGGUGAUCGUGACCAACGUGUUAGCUGCUGUGCUAGUGCUGCUUGCGCCAGGCGGACGCAUUCCCAAAGAUCGAAGUUGGAAAGCUACUAAAGUCAUGAUGAGCAAGGUGGAUGAGUUCCUGCAGGCGUUGGUUAACUUUGAUAAAGAGCACAUUUCUGACGCGACGGUGCGAGUGCUGCGGGACGAGUACCUGAGCGACCCAGACUUCAACCCGGAAUUUGUGCGUGUUAAGUCCUCAGCCGCCGCCGGACUGUGUGCCUGGGUUAUCAACAUCAUACGAUUUCAUGAGGUAUUCCGUGAAGCCGUGUUGUGUGAGGUAGAGACGAAGCGGAUGUGUCUUUCUCAAGCCAACGCUGAUCUGGUCGAGGCUGCAGAAAAACUCGAGGUCAUCAGGAAAAAACUCACAGAGUUGGACAGUAGCCUGGACACACUGACUGCAGCGUUUGAAAAGGCCACGUCUGAGAAGCUGCGCUGUCAAGAGGAGGUGAAUCGCACCAAUAAAACCAUCCAACUGGCCAACCGUCUAGUCAAGGGCCUGGAGUCGGAGAACGUGCGCUGGGCACACUCUGUAGCACAGUAUCGCGAGCAGGAGGCGACCCUCUGCGGCGACGUCCUCCUGACGGCGGCCUUCAUUUCGUACGCCGGCUCCUUUUCCAAAAGAUACCGACAUGAGCUCCUGCACAACCUCUGGAUGCCGUACCUGCGCACUCAGAAGGUUCCAGUUCCUAUGAGCGAGGGCAUCGAUCCUAUCUCCAUGCUCACCGAUGAUGCUACGGUGGCCAAGUGGAAUAACGAGGGUCUGCCUGGUGAUAAGAUGUCGACCCAGAACGCGACUAUCCUGUUAAACUGCGAGAGAUGGCCUCUCCUCAUCGACCCCCAGCUGCAGGGCAUUAAAUGGCUGAAGAGUCGCUAUGGGGGCAGCCUCUGGGUCGUUAACCUGGGGCAGAAAGGGUACGUUGAUGUACUCGAGCAGGCAGUGGUAACAGGGGAACCGGUAUUGAUCGAGAACCUGGAGGAGACCAUUGACCCCAUUAUUGAUCCGCUGCUGGGACGCUACACCAUCAAAAAGGGCAGGUAUAUAAAGGUAGGGGAUAAGGAGUGUCUGUUCCACCCGAAUUUCCGCCUCAUCCUGCAUACGAAAAUGGCCAACCCGCACUACAAGCCGGAAAUCCAGGCUCAGACCACGCUUAUUAACUUCACCGUAACGCGGGACGGCCUGGAGGACCAGCUCCUCGCCGAGGUCGUCAACCUGGAGAGACCUGACCUCGAGCACCUCAAAUCCGAGUUGACAAAACAGCAGAACACUUUUAAAAUCGAGCUGAAGCAGCUGGAGGACGAGCUGCUGACCCGACUCUCAGCCGCUGAAAGUAAUUUCCUGGGGGACAACAUGCUGGUGGAGAAACUGGAAAGCACCAAACACACUGCGGCCGAGAUCGAGAUGAAGGUAUUAGAGGCGAAGGUGAAUGAGGUGAAGAUAAACGAAGCUCGUGAGCACUACAGACCCGUGGCAGUACGAUCGUCUCUCCUCUACUUCAUCAUCAACGACCUGAACAAGAUCAACCCCAUGUAUCAGUUCUCGCUCAAGGCGUUUGAUGUGGUUUUCCGGAAGGCGGUGCAGAACGCCGAGGCGUGUGUCGACGUCAAGACCCGUGUUAGCACGCUCGUCGAGUGCAUCACCUUCUCCACCUUUAACUACAUCAACAGAGGCCUGUUCGAGAGAGACAAGCUGACGUUCACAGCUCAGCUCACGUUCCAGCUGUUACUGAUGAAUAAAGAGAUUGAUAUACGAGAGUUGGAUUUCCUCCUGCGCUUCAAUAUUGACCACAGUUACAUCAGUCCUGUUGACUUCCUCUCCAACUCUGCCUGGAGUGCCAUUAAGACAAUGAGUUUUACGGACGAGUUUCGGGGACUCGACCGAGACAUCGAGGGCUCUCCUAAACGCUGGAAGAAAGUGGUCGAGUCGGAGUGUCCGGAAAAAGAGAAACUCCCCCAGGAGUGGAAGAGCAAGAGCUCGCUCCAGAAACUCAUCCUCAUGCGCGCUCUACGUCCUGACCGCAUGACCUACGCGCUCAGGAACUUUGUAGAGGAGAAGUUGGGUGUCCAGUACACUGAGAGCAGGAAGAUGGAGUUUGCGAGGUCGUUUAAGGAAAGUGGUCCAGCCUCGCCCGUGUUUUUCAUCCUGUCACCUGGAGUCGACCCGCUAAAAGACGUGGAGUCUCUGGGUAAAAAGCUUGGCUUCACUAUAGACCUUGGGAAGCUGCAUAACGUCUCUCUUGGACAAGGCCAGGAAGCUGUAGCAGAGCUAGCCAUGGAGAAAGCUUCCCAAGAAGGUCACUGGGUUAUACUACAGAACAUACAUUUGGUUGCAAAGUGGCUCGGGAGUCUGGAGAAGCUCCUGGAACGAUGUUGUGAGAGCAGUCACCUGGACUACCGAGUGUUUAUGAGCGCAGAGCCAGCGGCCACCCCUCAGGAGCAUAUAAUCCCUCAAGGCAUUCUGGAAAACUCCAUUAAAAUCACUAAUGAACCUCCGACUGGAAUGCUGGCCAACCUACAUGCAGCACUGGACAACUUUGACCAAGACAUCCUGGACCAGUGUUCCAGGGAGCAGGAGUUUAAGACCAUCCUGUUCUCGCUGUGUUAUUUCCAUGCGUGCGUUGCAGAGAGAAGGAAGUUCGGCCCUCAGGGCUGGAACCGCAAAUAUCCUUUUAACACGGGAGAUCUCACCAUUUCUGUUAACGUGCUUUACAAUUAUCUGGAGGCCAACUCUCAGGUGCCGUGGGAAGAUCUUCGCUAUCUGUUUGGAGAAAUUAUGUACGGUGGACACAUCACCGACGACUGGGACAGAAGACUGUGCAGGACGUAUUUGGAGGAGUACAUGCAGCCCAACCAGUUUGACAGGAAGUUGGCUUUAGCCCCUGGCUUUGUUGUUCCCUCCAACCUGGACUAUGAGGGAUACCACAGCUUCAUAGACGAGAUGCUUUCCCAUGAGAGCCCAGUGCAUUAUGGGCUUCACCCCAACGCAGAGAUCGAGUUUCUGACUGUGACCUCCGACAGUCUGUUCCACACACUCCUCGAGCUGCAGACCAGAGACUCAUCAAUGGGCGAGGGAACAUCGCAGAGCACAGAGGAGAAGGUAAAGACGGUCUUGGAUGACAUCCUGGAGAAACUACCGGAGGAAUACAACAUGUCAGAUCUCAUGUCUAAAACGGCCGAGCGUACACCCUUCGUUCUGGUGUGCUUCCAGGAGUGUGAGCGCAUGAACAUGCUGGUCAAUGAAAUACGGCGUUCACUGAAAGAGCUGGACUUGGGAUUGAAGGGCGAACUGGCCAUAUCUUCAGAGAUGGAGCAGCUACAGACAGCACUGUUUUUUGAUAACGUUCCUGACACCUGGACUAGGCUCGCGUACCCCUCCACCUACACCCUGGCUCAGUGGUACAAUGAUGUGCUGCUGCGUUGUCGAGAGCUGGAUAGCUGGACUCAGGAUCUCUCUCUGCCCAGCGUAGUCUGGCUCUCAGGUCUUUUCAACCCUCAGUCUUUCCUCACAGCCGUGAUGCAGAGCUUGGCACGGAAGAACGAGUGGCCGCUUGAUAAGAUGACUCUAACGGUGGACGUGACAAAGAAAUUUAAGGAGGAGUUCAACCAGCCGGCCAGAGAGGGUGCUUACGUCUACGGACUCUACAUGGAAGGUGCACGUUGGGAUAUCCAGAACGGUACUAUCACAGAGGCACGGCUAAAAGAACUGACUCCUAGCAUGCCCGUGAUAGCGGUGCGUGCCGUCCCAAACGACCGCCAGGAAACGCGCAACAUCUACGAGUGUCCUGUCUACAAGACCAAACUCAGAGCGAACACCUACGUCUGGACGUUCAACCUCAAAAGCAGAGAGAGACCUGCUAAGUGGGUGCUCGCAGGCGUGGCCCUGCUGCUGAGUGUGUGAGAACCAGAUGUCCCGCUCUGAGAUCCCCAAACCCACGCCGUGCUCUAUAACACGUUUAUUCAGCCUAAAGGCAGAAGCUGGACAAGUUGGACAAGCCUGACUCCACCCACUGGACUUUCUGCUCUUGCAGCAAGGGGGACUUGUAUUUUUCCAGUCAACAGCGAGAACGGGGACCGUUUCAAACACAGCAUGGGUGUGUAUUCUGAGAUGACGUGGUUCUUGUGUGGUUUCUCUCCGAAUAAACCCCCUGCUCCUGGAACCCCGGAGAAGAUGAUGCUAAUUAUAUAAAGCACAACAUUUUCUUAACUAAAGGGGAACAAAAAAAAAAAGAAAAACAACAAAAAAACACUCAUGCCAAAGUCAUGUGAUAAACAGCAUGACUUUUUUUUUUUUUAAAUAAACAUGCGGCAAAAAAAAAACAAAAAAAACCAUUCUUCCCAGCAUGCAGCUCUUCUGUUGCUACGGUUGCACGUCCAUCUCCAUGGUGGCUGAUUUUGUGUCCAGUCACACUGAAGAAAUACAUUCAAAAUUUUUUCUUGUUUUUUUUUUUCUCCCCCACAUUGGUGUGCUCGAGUCGGAAAGGGAAAAAAAUUCGGAAGAUAACAAACGUUUUUUGUAGUUUGCAUACAGAUUUUCUCUCUCUCUCUCUAGAGUGGACUCUCGCACUCUCUCUCUCUCUCUCUCUCUCUCUCUCGCACUCU